AAACUUAAUUUAUUUUGCAAAAUAAUUUGAUCAAUCUGUUAGAUCGGUGUGUGUCAAGCUUAAAUUUGUGUGCAUUUAUUAUAUGACAAGUCCAGAUGUAAAUAAUUUUCUCGAGUUGAAAACCCUUUCUAAUAAAAAAAAAGGAAAAUAUUUGGACAGUUGUCAAAUGUGUCAAAACGCUUAUUGUGUGUCUUGUAAUAUAGUUAUUAAUUAAAAACAAUACAAUGGAAAAUAAAUUUGGCAAUAUUCUAAAAAAUAGCACUAACAAUACUGAAAUAGAAUCCAAAGAAAUCUUAAAGAGGAAGAUGCAAAUGAAGUCAGAAGCGAUUUUGUUGUUGAGUCAGGAGCUGGAUCAAUGUAGGAUGCAACGAGAUCAGUUUAAAUUAAUGGCAGAACAAAUCCAGGAAAGAUUUCUGCGUUUGAAGAAGCAGAUGUGUGAAACCAAAGAAUCGAAUAGAUGCUACAGUUUAGAUGAAGAUUUUAAAACCUUGGAUUUAUUGACAGAGGCACGAGAGCAGAAUAAAUGUCUCAGACUACAAGUUGAAACAUUAAGGCAAAAGCUAUCAGAUGCCGAAGCUGAUAUUAAGGCAUUACGUACAAAUAGCAAUCGUACAAUGGUUGAGCAACAAGAUGCUCAACUUGCACCAGUAAUGCAUCAAAGAGAGGAAAUGAUAGAGCAAUUAGAAGAAUUAAAUUUAAAAUGUUCACAGUUACAAACAGAUUUACAAAUAGUAUUGGAUGAGAAACAUGAGCUAGAGAUGGAAAGGGAUGCUUUCAAAUGUAAGGCACAUCGUUUAAAUCAUGAGCUAUCUAAAGCUUUGAGUGCCUCUAAGCCAGUUGAUCUAGAUGCACUUAUCAAUGAAAAUAGAUAUCUACAAGAAAGACUGCAGCAAUUACUGGAAGAAAAGGAACUUACACGUCAAUCUCUGUCAAAGUAUAAGAGUAUGUUGGAUAGUAAAAGAACUAAAGGAAAUAUUAAGUUGGGAGUAAAUUCUGCAGCUGGAACAGUAAUGACUCACAAACAAGUUGAACAGCUUCUUCAGGAAAGUUCUUAUAUACCACCUCAGAAAUCUGCUGCUGCCGUUACUGAUUUACGGUGUCUUUGUACUGCCUUGUUAGAAGCUUUAAAUGACAAAACUUUGGCUUUGGCACAUCAGAAGAAAGCAAAUAAAAUAUUGGCAUUGAGAAUUUGUGAAUUGGACAGUGCAGUGCAGUCACCAACCAUGAAACUCUUGGAGGGAUACACAAGCGCCAAUGUUGAUUUAAGAUGUGAUAAUGAUUUAGAUCAUACAACUAAUUGUAAUAUAGAUAAUAUUGAGGAAAACAGUAUUAUAACAAACGAGAAUAAUGUACAGUGUAGCUCAUCUGAGAGUCAAGUUAUGCAACAAUUGCAAUCGAUACAAAUGAGUCUUCCAAAGAACUUGGGAGUAUUGGUUCAAAAAGCGCUAAAUAAUCUGAAAGAUAAUGAUAAACAAAAGAUAUGAAAAUAGAAAUGUCCAAUAUACAGAAAAAUAUGUGAACGUGCCUCCCCAUACAAAUAUCAUGUAUAUAUAAAACGUAUUUCUGUAAGUAGAAACUGUUAUACACUUUAUUGGAGCAUAUAAAUCUUAAAAAUCUAGUAGAAAAAUUUAAUUUCUUUCUGUAUAAAUCAUAUUUGUUUAGAAACAGCACACAUAAACUCAACUUAAAAAAUCAACUUAUCAUAAGUGUUGGCAUGACAGCAAGUGCUACUUAAUAUUUUUAUUAAAUUUGCAGUUAACAUAUAGUAAUCACAAAAUUUUGAUGGAAAUGAUUUUAUUUAUAUACAUAUAUAUAAUGAUGAUAGACAAUUUAUUAUACAACAUUUGUUAUAGCAAUUGGAUUGACAUAUCAUUUACAUGUAACAUGUAACUGCAGCAUC